AUGACAGCGCUCAAUGAUCGGUCUACCGACCGGAAUGAGGCGAUUGAGAUUGUGGGAGUUUCUAGUCUGUGCGAGAAGAGGACUUUAGAUACAGUCGCGAGGGUACGAUCUUUGGCUCCGCGGUCAAAGGAGAGCCAAAGAAGAGUUGCAAGCUUUUCUCAGGAGAAGCAAAAGCCGACGUUUGCGAAUCGCAAACGUUGUAGGGAUGCAGUUUCGAAAGAAUGUUCGGUGUAUCUCUACAUGGUGGCCGUAGGCAUUGCGGUUACUGCCCUUUCGCAACACUACGCAUUUCCUAUUUUCUCACAAAGAGAUGGCGGUAUAGAAGGUCAAGCUGCUGUAGGGCUGUCUCGCACACCGGAAAGUUCAGCGAGUACUAUAGAACAUUCCCAACCAGAUGGGUCGUUUAAUGGGCAUUCUAUAUACUAUCGAGAAAAUGCGGCGUCUAUGCGAUCCACAGUUCACUGUGUUGGUGAGAAUUUCGGAGCGGACAGUUGGUUGUACCGGUCUUGCCAAUUUCGAAACCUUUGUUUUGAUGUGGGAACAAGAAACUUUGUCUUGUAUCCAUCGAUUUUUGAACAAAGACUUACCGAACAGAUACGAAAGGGUCGCGAUAGAUUGGUCACCUUAUCGACACUAUCCGAAAGUUCAGUUGCCCUCGGUGCCGUCAAUCCUAAAUGGAAAGGCAACAAAUACCUGCUUGAAUGGUUUCCCGAAAAACGCAGCCGUCCUCCUGGCUCGGGCUACUACGAGUUACCUGCUGAUAUCGUAUGGGUGCCAUUUCAUUUAUUUUCGGCCAUGAAUGCAGGACAUUUGGUGUUGAACGAUUUUUUGCCAAUCUUCACUCUUUUGUCAAUGUUCGGUCAGCAUCAGGAGGAGAGGAAGUUGCUGCUUACACGCAUAGUGAUCGGUUCGCUCCCGGAAACUUGCGAUCAUGAUGAAGUUACGCGCUCGAGUUGCGAAAGAUUGUUUCGGAAGUUCUUGCCAGCAAUGGGUAUCUCCCCGAUACAGUUUUCGACUCAAAACGAUUUUCGCUUAAAUUUAAAGACUCAAGGAACGAGUAAAUCGAAUAUUGUCUGCGCGAAGCACGGUGUCGCUGGAAUAGGAAUGUUGUCAAAACAAGGUACUCAAAUGCACACUUGGAGUCGAGAGGCCUUGAAUCACACGCACCAAAUUGGACACGGAGUUGUUCUACAACAAUUUCGAAAAUAUAUGAUGGACAAUCUUGCUAUUGCAUACGAUUCAAAGUCCCUGUCAACAAAUCGGUUUGUCAUUACCUUUUCCCUUCCCAGAACAAUUGGGGAUGGAAUAAGUUAUGACUUUUCUGAGCAGAUAGAAAAGGUUCGAAAUGCAUUCGCUGUCGAUACGGUACUUGUAAAUAGCUUCAAUUUUGAGGACGUCGAGGUCAAUCAACAGGCCCGAAUAGCGAGCGAAUCGUCGGUCUUUAUCACGCUUUCAAGAGACGAAGACGUGACCGCUAUCUUCGUCGCAUCGGGUUCCUCCCUUAUUUUUUUCUACGACGACACGGGAAGCAUGGGUGUCGACAUACACAGUAUAGAACCAGCUAGGCAAGAAUGGGAUCUGUUUGGGAAUGCAGGGUAUCUUCGCACCCAUUGGCUUCCAAUACAGACGAUGUAUACAUCAAAAGACUUGGAGGUACUAAUAUCCGUUCUUCGAGACGAGUUGAAUCUCGCAGCGUUGAAAUAG